CAAAAAUUUGCUGGCUUCACUAUUGUUUUGUUUGAUGAGCUCAUCAGUUGAUUGCAAAAAUGUUGUCCAGUAAAAUUCAUGCACUUCAGAAUCAGAAUAGGUUUCAUGAUAUAGUUUGCACACAAAGAGGAAAAACAAAAAUUCCACUCAUCCCAGGAUUAGUAAAAAGGGAAGCUUUUGGUUGUUGGUUGCAAUGUAGGCCACAGAAUAAAUGGUAAAGUUGAGUUGGACGGUUGAGGCACAAACCUGCCCCUCUCCAUUUUAGACAUCCAUCCACACUAUUUAGGCUAAUGAAAACAGGGACAGAAGAAAAUGAGCAGAGAUCUUUAGUGGAGAGGCAAGGGACGUAAGAAGUUGCCUAAUUCUUGGAUUGAAUUAGGCACUUCUUCGUCCCACAAUCCUCUCUUUAUUUGUAAUACAUAUAGUUCCAAUUUUUAACCACAGGAUCUAAGCAUUCAAUUAUGGAGGGAUUGGUAGGCCUCUUGAAAGUGCGGGUGGUUCGUGGGAUCAACCUUGCCUACCGCGACGCAAGAGGCAGCGAUCCAUAUGUUGUCCUACGACUUGGCAAGAAGAAACUCAAGACAAGUGUGAAGAAGAGAUCUGUCAAUCCCAUCUGGCAUGAAGAGCUAACUUUGACGGUCACACAUCCCAGUCAAACACUUAAGCUUGAGGUGUUUGACAAGGAUACUUUCAGCAGAGAUGACCCUAUGGGAGAUGCAGAGAUCGACGUAGCACCCUUGAUGGAAGUUGUAACUAUGAACCCGGACGACAUUAAGAACGGCGCCAUCAUAAAGUCUGUGCGGCCAAGCACCCGGAAUUGCCUUGCAGAUGAGAGCCAUGUUUGCUGGAGGAACGGUAGGUUUGUCCAGGACAUGAUUCUCCGGCUCAAGAACGUCGAGAGCGGAGAGAUACAGCUCCAGCUGCAAUGGGUAACCAUUCCUGGCGCCAAGUAACCCUCGAUUUCGCUUUGGAGAUCAUAGCUCUUCCUCUCAUUGCCAUGGGAAUCUUCCGAAUCGAUGAGUUCGACGACGUGUUGGGAUGCCAGCACCCGUGUUUACCUGGGAAACGAAGCAUUCCAUUUCAAUCGCAUUUUCACCUGUUGUGAAUGUCGGAUUGUAACUUAACCAGCAAUGGGUUCAGGGUAGUCUAUACUGGUAGAGGGGAAAUGGGGGGAGAAAAUAAUUCAAGUCAAGUGGUAGGAUCCUGUUCUGUUCUUUCUGGCAACACCAUAUCCUUGUUUGCUGCAAUGUGAUUGAAUU